AUGCAGUACUCCAAGAUCCUGGCUCUUGCCACUCUGUUUAUCUCCGGUGUCGUUGCCGUGCCCACCAAGCGGGCCUGCGCCUACACCUGCGGCACUGUCUGCUACACCAGCAGUGCCGUCAGCGCCGCCCAGAAAGCCGGCUACGCUCAGUACUCGGCUGGCACCACCGAAGACAGCUACCCCCACGUCUACCACGACUACGAGGGCUUCGUCUUCCCUGUCUCUGGCACCUACUACGAGUUCCCGAUCCUGAGCAACGGUGACAUCUAUGACGGCGGCUCGCCUGGUGCGGACCGUGUCAUUUUCAACACGAAAGACCAGCUGGCCGGUGUGAUUACCCACACCGGUGCUAGCGGCGACAACUUUGUCUCUUGCUAG